GUGGGAAAGGCAGGGUGCCCGUUUUUAAAUCCAAAUCCAAGUCCUGCUGCCAUUUUUGGUCCUUGGAGGCCCUCUCAGGAACUGACCUGAAGGAAAUCCUCAGCAGUUCUGAUGAGGCUGGAUUAUUGAAGGUUGCAUCAUCUCAGUAAAUGAGGAGCGCCAGAUCGUGCAGCUCUUUCCAGCAAGCUUGCCGAGCUUUGUGAUUUGGUAGCCAUGGAGGAAGAGCAAAAAGCUCCGAGCUUUCUUGAUGUGCCCAAGGAUAUCCCCAUUGCCACCAAGUCCCUGACCAUCAGGACCAGCGCCACUGAAUGCGGCGGCGGCGGCUCCGACCGGUCUGUCCCCAUCUCGCCGGCCAUCUCCAUCACGCCACACCUCUACUCGCCGUCGCCGCCGUCUUCCGCGUUCGUGUCGGCGCUGCAGUCCCCGUACAUCUCGCCUCGAGUCCUCGAGCCGCCGGCGUCGCAGCCGCGCCAAGAAACCAAGGCCACCGGCGUCAGUGUCACCACCACCGUGGCGCCGUCGCCGGUGUCAUGCUCCAAUGGGUCCCACUCGGAGGAUAUCGACGCGCCCAGCGCGUCCUACACACCGCCGUCGGAGUGCUACGACUCCAGCGGCAUCGACGCCGCCAAGAUUUCUGACGGUGGCGGUGGCGGUGGCGGCGGCCCCCUUCCGCCACGCGUGUCGUUCUCGUUCCCUGUGCCGCGGGUGUCCUUCACCAGGGGCUCCGUGGUGUCGCCGUCCUCCAACGCCAAGCUCCGAAGCUGCGAUGUGUACAUUGGCUACCACGGUAAUGGCGGCCUCGGCAGGUUCUGCAAAUGGCUCAAGUCAGAGCUCGAGCUGCAAGGCAUUGCUUCGUUCGUCGCCGACCGCGCCAAGUACUCGGACUCACAGAGUCAUGAGAUUGCCGACCGGAUUAUUUGCUCGGUGGCAUUUGGUGUUGUGGUGGUCACCAUGUCAAGUUUCCUCAAUCCAUUUAGCCUUGAGGAGAUCAGAUUCUUUGCUCAGAAGAAGAACCUUGUGCCUAUAUUGUUUGACACUGAGCCGCCAGAGAUUGCAGGGCUUUUUGAUGGUAAAUUGGAGGAUAAGGAAGGGAAGGAAGCAUUUGAAGGGCUGAUGCGGUGCCAUGAAUUCAAGCUUGAGGCGAAUGAGAGCAAUUCAAGGAGCUGUGUGUCGAGGACAGUCACUCUGCUACGGUCCAAGCUUGGCCGGAAGAAUAUCGCUGAGAAGGAGAAUGAAGCGUCUGAGGGCCUGCCUUUUCCACGCAACCGGCAUUUUGUGGGAAGGGAGAAGGAGCUGAGUGAAAUCGAAGGCAUGCUUUUUGGGUCAACGGUGGAUAUCCAAGAAGUGGAUUGCCUAAGGGGUUCCAGUACAAAUGAACGAUCAAGCGGUGUGUCUGAUGGGUUUGCCGACGAGGAGAGCGAUACCGUAAGGACAUCUAAUGCCAGAUUCAUCAGUUUGGAGAUGCGCAAGUGCAAGGAGCCAACAUUGGAGGCUUGGAUAGAUCCAGUUAUUGAGUUGUCAUCUGGUAAAGGGCGAAGCCUCCAGAAGCAAAGAUCAAAGCACAGGAGGUCAAGGUUUCGGUGCAACAGCAAGAGCUACGGCAGUGCCAACAUAGUCUGCAUCAUAGGCCCUUCAGGCAUUGGCAAGACUGAAUUGGCAUUGGAGUUUGCUUACCGGUACUCGCAGCGGUACAAGAUGGUGCUGUGGAUUGGAGGCGAAGCUCGGUAUUUGAGGCAGAACAUACUCAAUUUAUCCAUGAGUUUGGGAUUGGAUAUCAGUGCAGAAGCCGAGAAAGAGAGGGGUAGGAUUCGGAGCUUUGAGGAGCAAGAGUUUGAUGCGUUCCAACGGGUGAAGCGGGAGUUGUUCCGCGAUGUGCCCUAUUUGCUCAUAAUUGACAAUCUUGAGAGUGAGAGGGAUUGGUGGGAAGGCAAGGAUCUCCAUGAUUUCAUCCCGAGGAACACUGGAGCGACGCAUGUCAUUGUGACCACAUGUUUGCCACACGUGAUGAACUUUGAGCCAAUGCAACUACCACAGCUCUCCUACAUUGAUGCAAUGGCCUUGAUACAGGGGAAGAGGAAGAAAGACUACCCGCCUGAGGAAACAGAAGUUCUCAGGAAGUUUGAUGAGCGGUUAGGCAGGCUGAGCUUUGGCCUGUGGGUUGUUGGUUCACUGCUGUCUGAGCUCAUGAUUGCUCCUUCCACUCUAUUUGAGGCUGUUGAGAGAAUAUCACUGAGCGACAAUUUGUUCCCCAUUGGUGCCAAUGAUGAUGGCUUCUGCCAUAACAAUUCUUUCUUGAUAAAGGUCUUGGUCUUUUGUUUUGCAUUGAUGGACCGAGCAAAAGGAGGAAGCCUUACCUCAAGGAUGGUCAUUGCCGGUUCUUGGUUAGCUCCUACUCCUGUGUCAUCUACACUAUUAGCUGCAACAGCGAGCAAGCUACCAAUGAAAGGCAGUGGUAUGCACCUGUUCGGUGAAUCCCUCAAGACUGCAUUUCUAUGUGGCACACAUUGCUUUCUAGCUCCACAUGGACGGAAAGCUGAGGUGGAGUCGGCGCUCUUACUUGUUAAUCUUGGGUUGGCAAGAAAGGCAACUCGACAUCCUGGUUGCUGGAUCCAAUUCCAUCCGAUCACACAACUCUUUGGCAAGAUCAGGGGUGGUUUGGCGCUGACAACUGCAGCAGUGAAUGGAGUAAUGAGGGCCGGAAACCCCUCAGUAUACUCUGACCACCUGUGGGCUAGUGCAUUCCUUGUGUUUGGUUUCAAGUCUGAGCCACCUGCUGUUCAGCUUAAAGCAGUUGACAUGGUACUCUUCAUAAAGAAGACGGCACUGCCCCUGGCAAUUGACUCCUUCAUGACAUUCUCACGGUGUGGUUCAGCUUUAGAGCUGCUCAAGGUGUGCACUAACGUCCUCGAGGAGGUGGAGAAGACUUAUGCGUCGCGGAUGCAGGACUGGAACCGCGGGUCAUUAUGCUGGAGGAAGAAGCUGCAACCGAACCACCGUGUUGAUGAAUUUGUCUGGCAGGAGGUGACUCUGCUCAAGGCGACAUUGCUCGAGACAAGGGCAAAGCUGCUGCUCCGAGGUGGGCUGUUCGACAGUGGCGAAGAGCUGUGCAGGACCUGCAUUAGCAUCCGGACAGUCAUGCUUGGCCAUGGCCAUGCCCAGACUCUAGCUGCUCAGGAGACAUUGGCAAAGCUGGUCAGAUACAGGAGUAAGAUAUGAGAUGACAUCCAUGACCCUUGUAAGCUCUUUGUAAUGUGAAAUUCCUCUGGUGUAUUAUAAAGGGUUCAGAAGUUUUCACAUCUCAAUAUUUCUGAAUCUGUGAUAUCAGCUACAGUUUUGUUAGUGAUCAGUAUAAUAGCCGAGCUGCUCCAUGAUACCAUAUGUCACUUUUUAGGGCAGAAGCUAUAUGUAAGUGGAGUUGUUAUGACAGUACAGUUAAUUUGCUAUUUGGUAGAACUUCAUUUUCAUCUUACUAUUGAGCU